GCCCCGCCCCGCCCGCGAACGUGGCGCGCGCUGCGGCCGCCGCGCCGCCGCCGCCCCGGAAGCGGAAACAGCGCUCCGCCCGCGCGCCAAGAUGGCGCCGCCCACGCCGCUGCUCGCAGUGAGAGGCUCCGAAGGGCUGUACAUGGUGAAUGGGCCCCCCAGCUUCACCGAGAGCACAGCCUUCCAAAGGGAUUCUGGAAAAAAUUGCAAAGCUGUUGCUUUUAGCAAGGAUGGCUCCCUCUUUGCCUGGUGCAAUGGACAAAAAGUCAAUGUUGUUAACAUCACCAGAGCUGAGUUACUGCAUUCCUUUGAUCUCCCAAAGACAGUUUGCCUUGAAUUCUCACCAAAGAAUAAUGUUCUGGCAACGUGGCAGGCCUAUACAACUGCUAAGGAUGGCACAGCAGGGGUGCCCAACCUGCAGCUCCAUGAUCUGAGAACUGGAAAAUGCCUAAAGUCUUUUAUACAGAAAAAGAUGCAGAACUGGUGUCCUUGCUGGGCAGAUGAUGAAAGCAUUUGUGCCAGGAAUGUGAACAAUGAAGUGCACUUCUUUGAAAACAACAACUUCAAUACCAUUGCAAAUAAGCUGCAUUUGCAGAAGGUCAGUGAUUUCGUGCUGUCCCCAGGAGCACAGCCAACCAAGGUUGCUGUUUAUGUCCCAGGCAGCAAAGGUGCUCCAUCCUUUGUCAGGCUCUACCAGUACCCCAACUUCGGGGGCCCGCAGUCAGCACUCGCCAACAAAAGCUUCUUCAAGGCUGACAAGGUGACAAUGCUGUGGAACAAAAAAGCCACAGCAGUGCUGGUGGUUGCCAGCACCGAGGUGGACAAGAGCGGAGCCUCGUACUACGGCGAGCAGACGCUGCACUACGUGGCAGCCAGCGGGGAGAGCGCCGUGGUGCAGCUGCCAAAGAGUGGCCCUAUUUACGACGUUGCCUGGAGCCCCAGCUCCGUGGAGUUCUGUGCAGUGUACGGUUUCAUGCCUGCCAAAGCCACGGUCUUUAACCUGAAGUGUGAGCCCGUCUUCGACUUCGGCACCGGGCCGCGCAACGCCGCCUACUACAGCCCGCAGGGGCACGUGCUGCUGCUGGCCGGCUUCGGGAACCUGCGGGGGCAGAUGGAGGUGUGGGACGUGCGGAGCUACCGCCUGCUCUCCAAGCCCGUGGCCCCCGACUCCACCUACCUGGCCUGGUGUCCCGACGGGGAGCACGUGGUGACGGCCACGUGCGCGCCGCGCCUGCGCGUGGCCAACGGCUACAAGGUGUGGCACUGCUCGGGCCGCGUGCUGCACGCCCACCAGGUGCCCUGCGAGCAGGAGCUGUGGCAGGUGUGCUGGCAGCCCUUCCCGGACGGCGUGUUCCCCGAGAGGGCCGUGCGCGGCCAGGCGCUGCCCGGAGAGGCGCCCCAGGCGUACCGGCCGCCAGCGCUGCGGAACAGGCCAGGCCCCAGCGCCAAGCUGCAUGAGGAUGAGCCACCCCAGAACAUGAAACCCCCGCUGGGAGGUGGUGAUAAGCCAGUGUCUAAAACAGCUCUCAAAAAUCAGAGGAAGCAUGAAGCAAAGAAAGCUGCUAAACAGGAAGCCAAAGCUGAUGCACAGCAAGGCCCUGCCCAGGUCAAGCCCCCACAGAGUGCCCAGCAGAACACUGUGCCUGCCACGACCACAGGAGAUCCUGAACUGGACAAGAAGAUAAAGAAUUUGAAAAAGAAACUAAAGGCAAUUGAGCAGUUGAAGGAACAGGCAGCUGCUGGCAAACAGCUGGAGAAGAAUCAGGUGGAGAAGAUUCAGAAAGAAGCUGCUCUCCUUAAGGAACUGGAAGACCUAGAACUGGGUGUUUAAAUCUUCCUCGAGCUCCAGUGUGGUGCUAACACAAGUUCAUGCAAAAUGUAGUUUGUUAAACAUUUCAGCAAAUGACCAAGGGUGCAAAAGUCCACAGAUUUGCUGCUCAUUUGCCUUUAAAAGAGAGUUUUCCUAAGGAUUUGUGCCCACGGAGCUGUAAGCCAGCGACGAGUAUCCAUCAGCCGCUUCUGCCGCCAUUCCAACGGGGAGCGCUCCUGCCUGAGCACGUACUGCCCGAAGCAGAUCUCCUGAUCUGGGGGAAGGGAGGGCGACAGAGACAUGGGAUAGCUUUAUUCUAUUUAAGAAGAGACGCGGUCUUUAUGCAAUAAGGAAUGUAGAUAACCAUAAAGAGCAUUUAAUAUCA